AGCAGAUAGCGCGUGAUGACGAAACUGGAGUACGUAGUAAAGAUGGCGGGCGUGAUGGUAUCGGCAGAGCUGAAGUUCCGAGAUGGACAGAGAGAGAAAAUUUGCGUUAAAGUACAAAAUGAUAUGAGUUCUCUCAUCCACGGAAUAAACGAUCUGAACGUGAACGUCUCACGGCUUCUCAGUGAGCUGGUGGAGCUGGAAAAAUCCCGCGGAGACUGCGCAGCUGAGGAAGAUGAGGACGACAGUGAUGAAGACGAACCAGACGAUCUUCAAAACUCUGAACUACAACCUCCAGCUAAAAGAUCCAAGACGUGAAACCCCUGAGGACUGUUUGAGACAGGAUGACAUAAUUUAACCUUUUUGAACUGAAGAUGCUGAUGUCAGGUGAUCAGUCACAUGACUGAGUAGAAAUCAAUUAAAGCUGUUAGUUUUGUCUCAGGUAAAGACUAAAAUAAAAUGGGAUUUUUAAAACUCA